ACCUGUGGUGCGGUCAGAAGGCUGGCCACAACACUAAAGAAAAAGUUGUACUUACCGAUGGCUGUCAUCGCUUUUUCUGACAGAUGUUUUUACGUGUCCUAUUACGCGAGUUUUGCCCUAUCCGAACAGAUUCCAGCAGAAAUCCUUCCCUUAAACUUUCUGUAAACUAAAUUUUAUCUCGAUAAACAGAAUCGCAAAACGAAGUGUGCUCGUUUAAGUUUAAAGGGUGCCUCAUCGGAAUUCCAAGGAUCACGAUCACUUGAAAAGAUCGUCGCCCGAAGGGCUCAGAGAAUAAAAAAAAAGAAUAAAAGUAGUGUGAACGGAAACACGUGAAAAAGAGAGAGAGAGACUGAAAACAAAGGGUAUGGCGAAGACGUAUGAUUAUUUGUUCAAGUUAUUGCUGAUUGGUGACUCAGGGGUCGGCAAGACGUCCGUUCUCUUCAGGUUCUCUGAAGAUGCUUUCAAUACGACCUUCAUCUCAACUAUUGGAAUUGAUUUUAAAAUCAGAACAAUAGAAUUGGAUGGCAAGAAAAUAAAAUUACAAAUAUGGGAUACAGCAGGUCAGGAAAGGUUUCGUACAAUAACUACAGCAUACUAUCGCGGUGCAAUGGGAAUAAUGUUAGUUUAUGAUGCAACUAACGAGAAGAGCUUUGAGAAUAUAAAAAAUUGGAUUAGAAACAUUGAAGAAAAUGCAUCAGCGGAUGUUGAGAAAAUGCUAUUGGGCAAUAAGUGUGAACUUACAGAGAAACGGCAGGUUUCGAGAGAACGAGGAGAGCAACUUGCAGUCGAGUAUGGAAUUAAAUUUAUGGAAACUUCUGCUAAAUCCAGCAUUAAUGUUGAAGAGGCGUUUUACACUCUAGCACGAGAUAUUAAGGCCAAGAUGGAGAAGAAACUGAAGGAAGCGUCAAAUCCCCCGAAGGGAGGCGGACAUCAGCUGAAAGCAUCUGAGCCACAGAGGAAGCCACCAAGUUGGCUAGCACGAUGCUCUAUACUCUGACCCUUCGGUCGACGCAACCUCAACCGUCACCCUCUACUCUUUACCGUCGGUCUCCUUCGCUCGCUUCACGAUGCGAGUCCUUCUGUGAUUUUACUCCUUGACAGCCACCUUCGUUUCCCUCCGACGCUACCGGUCUCUCUUUUUUACUGAUUAAUCAUAGGAGCUCUUUUAUCCUGGAGGAGAAACUCACCUUACUCUCUUAAGAAAAACAUAUUUAAAGAUUAAAGGAAACGAUCGCGGAUUGUGAUAAUUUUUGAUAAUUUUCUAACGAUGUUAAAGCGAGUGGAAAACGUAAAUCCGAAGAUACGACUGUAAUCUUACCCCUUUACUAAUUUCCGAUAAUGAAGAUAAUAUAACAAAUUGAACCCGGGAUGCAAUUAACUGAACAAUUUGUCUGUGGUUAAAUAAAUGUAACAACUAAUAGAAUUCAUAAUUGAGGAGGAUAAUUUCAAUUAAUAACAUGAUCAACGAAUAAUUUAGAAGUUUGAUAAAAUUAGUAUUGUAUGUAUAUUGAAAAUUGCAUAUCCAAUAAGCUUUGUGCAAUUCUUUUUUUUUUUAUUUAGCAGAAUGUAUAGUUGCAUUACGUUGUUGUAAAUUUAUUUUAUUUACAAAACGACUAAAGUAGGGUAAAACAAGAAUAAAGUAAUAAAUGUUAACGUACAAGUUGAGCAUUUGCGAGAGCAAUAAAAAUAUUUGAAAAUACUGUUUUUAUUUACAUAAUAUUUAUAUAAAUUAUUCAACAUAUCUUCAAAGAGAUUAAAAUUGAAAGCAUAUUAAAAAAGACAAAAGAUAUUUAUUUUGUAGUACACGCUACAAAGUUUCUCCUCCAUUUUUCAAAUAAUCAAGGGAUACGAUCGAUUUUUAACAUAUAUUUGCAUUAACCUUAUUUAAACGAACCGAAGAGGAGAAAAUUUCUUUCAUGAAUGAGAAAUUUUUUCUUUUUUUAAGUAGUUUCAGCUAUCUGUUUAUAUAAA